AUGAUGUUUAAAUUAUUCAAUAGGACCUUGAUGGUCAGCCCAUCUCAUGUCAGGGAGGUUGUGAGCAGAAUGAGUGAUGUUCCGCUUGUUGAGUUGUCCUCUUCCACUGGUUAUUUAAAAAAAGAAGCCUGCCGCCUGACGAAGAAGAGGCUGGUGGGCCUCGACAGCACGAUCGAUGGAAUCUUUGAAGCUUUAGCAGCCUCCUGCACGAAUUCGAGCCAAGCAGGGGCCAGACCCAGGGGUUUAUUCCUCCUUGUGGGCCGAAGUGGGUCUGGCGUCACAGAGAUUGCCAAGGCCGUUGCGCAACAUUGGUAUGGAGACGAGAGCAGGCUUGUGGAGAUUGAGAUGUGCAAGUAUUACGAUGGAAACCCCUUUGGAAAUGCAGCAAGGGAUCCCGAGUCAUGGCCAAGAACCAAGGCAAACCUCGAGCUUUUCUUGAGCCAUCUCUCGGAGGUGGUGAGGAAACGGCCCUAUUCGGUGAUUCUUCUGGAUCGAAUAUAUAGAGCGUGCUUUUGUAUUAAGGGUCUACUCCAAGUUUUACGUGGUGAUGGACCAAAUGAAUCCUCCGGAGUUGAUUUUUCCAAGUGUAUUAUUUUCUUGGCAGCAAGACGGGGGCGUGCUGGGCCUGAGCUUACUGCGAGCUGUACAUGCUUUGGUGAAAGACCACAACUCGAGGAGGCAUUCGAGCGCGAUCCAGCAGGAUUCGAGAGGGCCCACGACUGUUUGCCGAAAAUUUUGGAAGAUGCUCUGUCCAUGGGAAGACAUUUAAUUGGGUCCGAGCUGUUUGAUUCUAUGGUGGUUAGAGCUUUUGCUGUGGAUGUUAGGCACAAUGAGAAGGCUGUUUGUAGAGUGCUUCUUAGAGAGAUGGUUAGAGAAGUUGGUGAGGGAAGGAUUCUCGCGCAUAUCUCAGAUGCUGCUUUGAACGCCAUUCUUUGGAAUUCACGUGCUAGUUUCUCGUUAUCAACUCCUGGAAAGGCUUUGAAAGCAAUGUUGGUUGAGGAAGUCCGGCCACAGUUGGUGGCAGCCAGAGGUUGUUAUAAUAGCAAUGUUAUUAUAUAUAUCGACACCCUGGUUGGAACCAGUGAGCUGUCUUUCAGAUUUGAAAAGAAGAAGCGAGACCUAGCCGAUGCCUACUUCAAGCACAAGGACGGGACAUUUGGCAGCGUGGUGGCCAAUUUGGGGCUAAAACUGCAGUCGGCCUGCAAUCUGUUUGAGUUGCACAAACGGAUUAUGUAUCAUUUGAGUCCAACCAAAGGAGACAAUGUACAGUUGGGGAGGUCCCUACUGUACAUGUGCAAGUAUCUCUCAAAUUUUUCUCCUUUGUCUCCGAGCUUGGAGGAGGUAGUAACAACAAGAGGAAUAACAGUGACAACAUCUCAUAUGGGUGAAGAGAAGUUGAAGGAGGAUAUAAUAGUGAUGAGGAGUUUCUUAGCAAAAGCCGAUACAAGUCCUGCUGAAGCAGUUGCCCGCGUUAUAAUCGAUGCCUUAUCCAAGAUAAUUGAUUCUCCACUGGAAGAUUAUUUCCCUCCCAUUUCGAGAUAUCACCUAAUUUUGUGCCCGCACGCUUAUGAUGCUAAGAGGCAACUGAUUUUAUGUCUGAGUGAAUCCCUCAAGUCGAAUUUCACGCACGUGAAUCUAAGAAAUAACACGAGCAACGGCCAUCAAAUCAAGAAAUUGCUGAUGGAGUUUGUGAAGGAGAGGUUUUUUGCUGUUUUCAUGCUUGAUGGAGUUGAGGAUUCAGAUGAUGUCCUCUACAGGAGCCUUCUUGAGAUUCUUGAUAAGGGUGAACUCGUUGAUGACGACAGUGGUCAACCCGUUGACUUCCGGAGAGCUAUCUUUAUCCUCACGUCAGAGGCUGCCAAUAGGCAGGCAAUUGCUGGCUUCUUUGAUUCUCCACCUCCUGAUGAGGAUACUGAUACUAAUCUGAAAAAUACGAAACGAGGUCGAUCUGAGCUGCUUCCGUGGGUUGCGAUGAAUAGGGAACCUCCAGAGAAGAGACGUAAAGUGGAGUCGCUUGCCCGGGUUGAAAUAGUUUCCCACCGUGUUAAGGAGGUGAAAAGAUUUAGGACGGAAUUGCUUAACCGGGUGGGUGAAAUAAUUCUUUUUAACCCGACAAGUUCACGCGAGCAAGGACACAUCCGCAGGCUUUGUAAAUGCAACAGCUUCAUCAAAUGCUCCACAACUAAUGCUGUAUCGGUUUCGAGCAUCAUUAGAAUGUUCCAAUGUGGCGAUAGAGACGACGGGUUUUUUGAUUAUUUACAACAACAGUUGUCAUCGUCGCGUGCCAAAUUCCAUUUGUUGGGGAGCGCGGGAGAUUACUGUGCAGUCGAGGAGACCUGUUCAUCGUACUUCUUAAGUUAUGAAUGA